AAUAAAGUUACAAAUGGAUUGUGACCCCUUGAUGAUACCAAAAACGCAUACAUAUGUGUAUGAUAUAAAAAAGUCUUAUAUAGUGCCUCUUAUAUUUCUUUCUAAACAGUAAAUAAUCAACAGUUCUGCUGAGUUGCUCAAAAUGAGUUCCAAAUGUAUAAUUCUUCUUUUGUCAAUAUAUAUUUGGUGUUCAGUAGAAGUCACCAACUCACUGAUGGAUUACUGUUGGCGACCAUUUACGGGCAUUGCACCUCAAGAUGCUUUUACUGUCGGCAAGACCCAAAGUGGACAAAAUAUUUAUAUUGGUCAAGUGGCAAUCAGACUGCAUCCUGGUGUAUAUCCAGCACCCCUGUUUAUAGGAGAACAUGUUGUGGCAUCCAAAGAUGGACCCAAACCUGCAUGGAAUUUUGUUCAGAUUCUUUGCACUCAAUCUCCUGAAAAAUUUGUAUGGAUAGAUAGAUCAAAGACGGACGCUCAUAUCCUUCCAUCAAAUGUACAUCCUGUUAUAGGUGGCACGGAAAAUGGUCAAUUGCUAUACAUCGGGAAAAUUCACUUUCAAGGACAAACGAUAAUUGGAAAAAUAUUAUCUGGAAAUAUAGGCGAUGCUAUUAUGUACUACGUUUAUAAUAAUUCAGAGAGGGCUGUGCAUUCGUAUCAGAUACUAACCUACACAGAAAAUUAUGAAAAGUAUCGAAAUUUACAGUUCACUGAUCAUUCCUAAAAGUGUAUCACUCUACAAUCAGUGGUAACGCUAGAACUUUUUGGGGGGGGGGGACAAGCAAUUUUCCCAACUUCCUACUUUUUUUAGAGGCCAUAAUACAUGUAAUCUUUGACUAAAGCUUGAUUUUCAUGCAUCCGUUAUCCGACGAUACGA